GAAAAUUAUAAUAAAUUUUCUUAAUAAAGACGUAUCAAAUGUCAAAAAACAAAAAAAAUUUAGUUGAUAAAAAAAUGGCCACUGAUGAUCAACAAAUUUUUGGACGUAUGUCAAAUGGUCAAUUGGUUAAUGGUUAUAAUGUUAAAUCAUCAUCAUCAUCAACAACAUCAUCGGAAACAACUUUAUUUGAAAAUAUAUUCAUAAUAGGAUCAUAUCUGUUAUUGAUAACGACCUUUCCAAUCAGUUUAUUGAUGUGUUUCAAGAUUGUACAAGAAUAUGAAAGAGCUGUUAUAUUUCGUUUGGGCAAAUUAGUUGGUUGUGGUACCAGAGGUCCAGGACUGUUUUUCAUUUUACCAUGUAUAGAUGAUUAUUCGGUUGUUGAUUUACGAACAAUAACCUAUGAUAUACCACCACAAGAAGUUUUAACUAAAGAUUCUGUUACAAUAUCAGUUGAUGCUGUAUUAUUUUAUCGAAUUUGGCUACCAACAAUUGCCGUAUCAAAUGUUUUUGAUUAUGGACAAGCAACACAAUUAUUAACAUCGGUUACAUUACGUAAUGCAUUAGGUACAAGAACAUUAUCAGAAAUAUUAAGUGAUCGUAAAAAAAUUGGUACAGAUAUUAAUUCAAUGGUUGAUAGUGUAACUAAAACAUGGGGAGUUAAAAUUGAACGAGUCGAACUCAAAGAUGUACGACUUCCUACAUCAAUGCAAAGGUCAAUGGCUGUUGAAGCUGAAUCAACUCGUGAAGCAAGAGCUAAGAUUAUUGCAGCAAAAGGUGAACUAAAAGCAUCAUAUGGAUUAAAAGAAGCAUCAGAAAUAUUAUCAAUUGAACCAAUGUCAUUUCAAUUACGUUUUAUACAAAAUCUUGGUUCAAAUUCAUCAAAUAAAGAAACAACAGUAUUAUUUCCAGUACCAAUGCCAAUGAUGUCUAUACCGGUACCGACAAAAAAAUCUUAGUCAAAAACAUCAAAAUCAUAUUUCCUGCUGGACGUAACAUCGAAAAAAAACUUGCAAUAACAUUUUUCUAGUAAAACAGUAAAACACCGUA